GUAACCCCCCUUUGUAAACAUACAUACACAUGUCGAUGUGCAUACAAACGACCUCUUGUGAGCAGUCAUUAUGUCUUUGUCAAGAAAUAUCAUCAAAUUUAACACACAUACGUCAGCAAGAGAUAAAUUCUACAGGACGUUCCAGUAUGGUGCCAGGCUGAUGGCAUGGUACCUCGACACAGGGAAAGAUGAUCCUCUCAUCACACGACUUCGACGCCUGGAAGCAGCGCUCUCUUUGUCCAGGAAAUUGUUCCGGCUAGGCAACUCGGUGGACCUGGCCUACAAGACUGUCGAUUCCUUCAGUAUUCAGGACUACAGACUCAUGAUUCUCAGUGUGACAGGCAAUCUAUUCAAGGCCGUCUGGCUGUUCCUGGACCAUUGCCUCUGGUUCUCCAAGAUUGGAGUGCUGCAGAUAGACCAACCCAUGUGGAGCAAGUGGGCCCUGAGGGUUUGGCUCAUCUCACUCGUGGCCUCCACAGCUGCCGACGUCAAGAAACUCAAAAUUAUUAAAGGAAAGCUCGAAAAAGAGAUCAGGCUGAAAAGGAGAGUGGAGGGGGAGAAAAUAUCUCCUGAAAUUCAAACUGAACUUCAUAAUGUUCAGACAAAUUUUUAUAAAGAUUUCUGUGAUAUGUUUAUUCCCUUGUCGGGCCUGAAUAUGUUCAACCCGGGCGUGGGGGCUCUCUGUGGUGUGAUUUCCUCACUGGUCGGCUUCCAACAGGAGUGGGAGAAACACAUCACCCCCUACAUACCUACAUGAUCAUAAAGAGGGAGGGGAGGGAAGG